GGAAACAACACGAAACCAAUCGGACUGCGCCGGCGUGCUGGCCGUCGGACGCUGGCACUUGUUAAAUGGUCUCGUGAGUGAGCGCGACGGGCGUUGAAGAGCCUGGACGUAUUGGUGUGGCUAUCGUUCACGGAUUGUGGACGCCGCAGACAUCAUUCUAGAGUUUGGACAUCCUGAGCUGCUGUCGUCAUGAGCGAAAAUGGUGAACAGCCCUUCUUGAGCUGUCAAGAGUGCAUUGACUUCCUGCGAUCAUAUGGCCGAGUGAUGUUCAUUACUCGUGGCCUACCAGGAUCAGGGAAGGCUGGCAUCGCAGAAACUGUCAAAGGGACUUACCCAGGCUGCAAGGUCAUUUACGCUGACCAGAUGUUUCUCGGUAUUGGAGCCGUAGACAAAAAUAAUGAAACUACGACGGAGGCUCACCUUCUGUGCCAGAAGAGAACGGAAGAAGCCUUACAAGGAAACACGUCCGUCGUAAUGAAUCGCAACAACAAUGCUACAGUUCGUGAGACGGCCCGGUACAUCGAGCUCGCAGCCAAGUAUGGCUACUUGGUGAUUGUCAUCGACACAUUACAAAAGGAGGACAUGACUGUGGAGUAUUUAGCUGCCUGCAACACCAAAUUACUAGGCACGACGUAUAUUAGCCGCGCAUUGGACAAAUGGGAAGACGUGUAUCCACUGUGUACAGGCUGGUUUCUGAAACCCAGCGACAAGUUGUACCUUCUACGUCGCCUGGCCCUGCUCCAGAACUCAUGCAUGGAGAAUGGUCUGCGAACGAGCGAGGUGUAUGCGAUGUCUGGACCAUCCUUCUGUCUUGCAAGGUUCUGUUGGUUUGGCAUGGAAGAGUCUAACCGAGUUUAUUUUGACAAGGUGAAAAACUUAAUAGGAACGACACACUUAUUGCGAGUAUACGGAUAUGCAAUUGUAAACGCAAUCAUCUACGGCCUGGUGGAGUUGGACGAGAUUCUUAAAGACGAGCUUGCGAGUGGCGAUGCUGUCCAAUUCCUGGGCACCGCUUUGUGGAAGCCGACUUCAUGUAUUGUUCCUCCCGAUGCAGUUCUUCCACAGACUGGCGAAGCGGAGUCUUCCAAUUUUAUACCAUCCACUCACUCGCCGAUGGCUUCCAAGCACCCAAGCUUCAUCGUUCUGGGAAAUACGAACGGUAUAAGCACGACACCCAACGCACCUACGCCUAAGAUAGCCGAGAUUUGGGAAAACGUAUUACAGAAGACUGCAGGUCUUCCGUCGGUAAGAAUCGGAGACGCCACAGUUCAAGAUGGCAAUGACGUUCGUCUUAUGCUGCUUGACGAUGUCAUCUGUUUUAAGACAAUAUUUGCUGGCUUCUACCAACCGUACGUGCCGAGGUACAGAUCCUGCAAGUACUUCAAGACAGAAGCUGGAUGCAAACGAGGAACCACGUGCAUGUUCGACCACUGCAGAUAAGAAGAUGCAACGCCGUAUUCCAUUCAAGUCAUUGAAAUUUUCUGUCUCCAUGCCACCGUCUGAACAAUAAAAGAAAAAUACGUGACAACAAUGUCGCUUCACAGCUGAAAAACUGGGAUAUCUCAGUGCUCUUCAGUUCAUUGUCCGUAGAUCAGGUCAUAGACCGUGGAAAUAUGUGGACAGAUGUAAAAUCAUCGAGGGAAUUUCUGACCACCAGGCCGUUCUUGUCUCAAUAAAUUUCCCGAUUACUAAACAGAA